UCCAGAGUGUCACCGGAGUGUCGCCUCAGUCGUGUUGUGACCCUGGUGGCGAACAGCGGGCCUUUGAAAUCCUGCUUGUGUCCCGUCAACACAGUAUCUGAUCUUGAUCUGGCGUCGAGGGAAGAAAAAAAGAUAUCAUGAACGCCAUCUAGUGAUCGUUUUCAGAAAAUGAUUUGACUCGUAAACACUAAUAACCAUGUAUGAACUCAUAAACAAAAGGAAAAUGUUGUCUGGACGAAAUCACAUGAGCGAAGCAUGAGACAAAAACUGGCGCCGAAGUGAGGACUCCGUGACUGCUCACCCGAGUGACGUAAAACCGUGCGUGAAAAAUCGUGUUGGAUAACAGUAUGGGCAAGAAAUCCAGCAGCCAGCACAGCAAUACCACAGACCGAGGCAGCCACAUCCUGACUCCCGUGGAGGGCCUGGAGGCCGGCGGGGAGAUGCUGCGGCUCGCCCCCGUCGACGUCAAGCAGGAGGAAGACGCGGAGCUCCACCUGUUCACGAACCACCUCACCAGCGGCAAAAAUAUCACCUCCCGCCCCUCCACGACAGCGUCGGGCAUGUCCCCUCCGCCUCCGCCGCCGCCGCCGCACUCGUCCUCAUCCUCGUCGUCCUCCUCCAGCAACAACCUCGCCAUCCCCAUCUCCCUCAGCUCGACCUCAGCCUCCUGCUUUGCGUCGGUGUUCUCGUCCUCGCCCACCUCGUGCUCCCCGCCUCCCUCCGCGGGCGCUGCGCCUCCUCCUCCGCCUCCCUCGCAGCAGUCCUCCAUCGCCUCACUCUUCUCUGAACCCCCAACGUCGGGCGCGUCCUCCACAGCCGCCAACUACGCCGCCGGGGAAGCCCCAGCGCUCACUCAGAUCGGCGGGAAGCAGCGGUGCCACGCCAAUGCCCGGGAGAGGGACCGCACGCAUAGCGUGAACAGCGCCUUCACCACCCUGCGCACCCUCAUCCCGACCGAACCCGCCGACCGCAAGCUCUCCAAGAUCGAGACGCUCCGCCUCGCCUCCUCCUACAUCAGCCACCUCGGCACGCAGCUCCUGGCAGGCCCCGUGGAACAGCCUUGCCUGAGACACACCCAGUACAAUUACACAGGCACUGGCGAGCGAAGACCCGUGUGCACAUUCUGCCUCGCAUCACUUAAAAAGCAGCAGAAGGCGUCGAGCGCGAGCAGCAGCGACAGCGUCCUGACGGGCAUGAGCGGCGUGCCCCCCGACCUGGCCUCGUACAUGAAGUCCUCUCAGCUCGACGACCCAGCAUUCCAAAUGUGUUCGUUCCUCUUCUGAUGGCAGGACAGGUCGCCUAGUACUCGCCUGUCGCCAGUUGAUGCUUAGGUCAUGUGGGGGUUGCGUCUGAGAUACUUUUUUUAUAUCAUUAUUUUUUUCUUUUCUUUUUAUAUCAUAUAUUUUUUCUUUUUCUUAUAAUUAUCUUUAUUGUAUUCUAUUUAUUUUUAUUACUAUUACUAUCUUUAUUUUUUAUCUUUUUGGUGCAAUGCGUGUCCCAUAGAUUUGUUUCCGUAUGUAUGUACUGUAUAUAUUUCUUGUGUCUGUCAAAAAUGUAGAGGAUAAACUUUUUCUUGUAUUUAAUAAUUGCUGUUUUUGAUGUUCCUGUUUAAAAAAUCUGAUGCGUUGAACUGAUAUCAACCAACAAAAAAACAAUAUUUUUCACACCUGAAUUAUUCGAAAUGUCAGUACAAAAUUAUUUGAUAGAAUAUCAGCUCAUUAAUACCUGGAUGUAAGGUGUCCGUAAACCAACCUUCUGCAAUUAAUCAAAAUAUGUUAGAAUUAGACAAAAUUAAUCCUAGAAAAAUAAUUAUAUAAGAAAACUCCUUUACAAGGAAUCAAGAAGAGAGUUACACAUAGGCAGCUUCCUCCUAUUAUGUACUUAAACAGAUUUUUUUUACAUUACUCAAAAAGCUUCCAGAGCCAGUUCGGUUUGGAAAAAUUGCAAUAUAUCUGCAGUUUUUUCAUGCUUCUUUUUAAUAACAAAUGUGGCGUCUUCAACUGAUGUUAUUUUACAGUUUUGGAUGCCUUGCAAUAUACUGUUGAGAAGGUUAAAGGUUGUGUUAAUAUUAUGUAAUUUUGUUUGCUGCCAGUGGUAGUAUCUCACCAGCAAUGCUGAUUGAAUUAUUCACUUUUAAUAUCCAAUGUCAAUUUUAAAGGUAGGAACAGUUUUAAAGCUGGGAACGACUGUUAAAAGUGACGUCCUAUUAUUGGCACCAUCGUGUUCCCCAAACUCUCUUUUGCCGGCUGGUAUUUGUCAAAAAACUUCAAAGUUGGUGAAAGGCCUCCCGUUUGAGCCCAAGUGUUGCGGUGGUGAAAGAGUUUGGAUAGUUUAGAAACGUUUCAUGAGAAACAGAAAAAUAGGGUUUAUUAUUUACUCUG